AUGCUUGUCUCCUUUGACGCCAAAAAUAUCUUUACCGAUGCUGGCCUGGUUGAUGAGGACACGCUUGAAGUUGUCUGGACGUUCUCUGACGGAACAACAAAAUCGGGCGUGCAGGUUGAUCACCGCUUUGCAGAAGGUGGAGUGCAAGAGGUCAGUGUUUCUGUCAAGCUUGCCGACGGGCGCACACUGGAAGUACAGAAGACCAUCGAGGUCGAGUCCCCCAACUUGUUUGAUCUCGAUCUCAGCGAUGGCGUGAAAGACAGCAGUGAUCUUGCCAAUUCGGCAACGACUGGAUCAAAGGUUGAAGUUGUUAACAUAGACGAUCGCUCGGCAAUCCGACUGAAUGAAGAAACCGUGCGGGUUGAGGCGUCUUCGGACUACUACAACAACGAUAGUUACACGCUCUCUUUCGACUUCAAGAAAGACGACGCGGACGCAAGCGGCAGGGUGAUUGAUUUUCCGGGAAGCUUUGCAGUCUUUAUUGGUGAAACCGACAUUCCGAUCGCCGUUACGACGGAUCAGGGAACUCAAUGGCUGAGAGCUCCGGUUCCGCAGAUCCAGGAUAACGGCUGGCAUUCCGUAUCUCUGACCUUCUCCAGCGAAAAGGGCACUUUGACCCUCUACGUGGAUGGCGAGGUGGUUCAGGAAGUCUCAGGCCUUAAGGGCGCGAUGCAGAGCGGCAUGGCUCCACAGGACUUGUACCUUGGCGAUCGCUUCAACAAGGAUCACUUCGAAGGUGCGUUGUCUGACGUUUCUUUCCUUGCCUAUGAUUUGAGCCAGGAGGAAAUCGUCCACCGGAUUGAAAAUCGCGAUGAAGAUCCAGGGAACCCUGGCGACACGGGCGAUACCGGCGACACGGGAGAUACCGGUGACACGGGUGAUACCGGCGACACGGGCGAUACCGGAGACACGGGUGAUACCGGCGACACGGGCGAUACCGGUGACACAGGUGAUACCGGAGACACGGGCGAUACCGGAGACACGGGCGAUACCGGUGGGAAAUUUGAUAUUGUUGGCGAUGACGGAAACAACAAAAUCCGUCGGGGCAAUGACGACGAUGCGUUCGAUGGCGGCGGCGGUGAUGAUGUUCUUGUCGGAUAUGGCGGCAACGAUGUUCUCGUUGGAGGCGAGGGCGCUGAUACGCUGAUCGGCGGCAAUGGCAACGAUGUACUGGUCGCAGACCUGGACGAUAUUCGCAUCGAUGGCGGAAAAGGCCACGAUAUUCUGCAGUUCCAAGACUCAGAAGACGUAUUGGAUUUUUCAGGGUUUGACGGCUAUCACAGAAAUAUCGAAGAAAUCGAUAUCAAGAACGAUCAUGCUGACACCUUGAAAGUGCACCACCUCAACGAGAAUGGCUCUGAGACCGGAUAUCUGCAGAUCAGUGCAGACUCGAACGAUACGGUCAUUUUUGAUGACGCCGAUUCUUUCAGCACGGCGAGUUUCAUCGGCACGGUUGAAAUUGAUGAUGAAAUUUUCAACGCCAUCGAAACAACUCGCUAUCGGGAUGAAAAGCUGUUCCUUGUAAGCGCUGAAGCCACGAUACUAACCGACGAUGGAACAGUUCUGGCCACCGGCGAAGUGCCGGGCUCAGCAGAAUUUCAGCUCGGUGAUCUAAUCUUCUAG